UCUUAUGUAUAGUCGUCCGACUCGUCCCAUGUCACUCUGAGCAACUCCAGAUCGACAGGUUUGAGAGAGACCGAGAGAUGGAGAGGCUGUUUGCUACAGAGAAGCUCGGGGGCAGGGAGCUGUACAGGUUCCACGCCGUCACAGUGUUCGUGGGGAUAUGCCUGGUGCUCUACUACAGGGCGACGCACGUCCCCGCCGGCGGCCCCGGCUCGGGGAGGGCGGCGUGGCUGGGGAUGCUCGCGGCGGAGCUGUGGUUCAGCUUCUACUGGGUCAUCACGCAGUCCGUGCGGUGGAGCCCCAUCCGCCGCCGCACCUUCAAGGACAGGCUCGCCGCCAGAUAUGGAGAACGGCUACCCUGCGUGGAUAUCUUCGUGUGCACUGCCGACCCGCGAUCAGAGCCACCAAGCCUUGUCAUCUCCACAGUCCUAUCACUCAUGGCGUACAAUUACCCAGCUGAGAAAUUAAGUGUGUACCUUUCAGAUGACGGAGGCUCGAUCCUCACUUUCUAUGCUCUAUGGGAGGCGUCCGCGUUCGCGAAGCAUUGGCUUCCAUUCUGCAAGAGAUACAACAUCGAGCCGAGGUCACCAGCUGCUUACUUCUCAGAGUCGGACAAGUCUGACGAUCGUCGCAUCUUAAAAGAAUGGUCAUUCAUCAAGGACCUGUACGAAGAAAUGACAGAGCGAAUUGAUUCCGCUGUCAUGUCAGGCAAAAUUCCUGAAGAAAUCAAGGUAAAUCAUAAAGGAUUUUCUGAAUGGAAUACAGGAAUUACCUCAAAAGAUCACCAGCCAAUUGUUCAGAUUCUGAUAGAUGGGAAAGACAGAAAUGCAGUUGACAAUGAAGGAAAUGUACUACCAACACUGGUGUACAUGGCACGAGAGAAGAGGCCUCAAUACCACCAUAACUUCAAAGCUGGGGCAAUGAACGCUCUGAUAAGGGUAUCAUCGGUGAUAAGCAACAGCCCUAUCAUCAUGAAUGUGGACUGUGAUAUGUAUUCCAACAAUAGUGACUCAAUCAGAGAUGCACUGUGCUUCUUCCUUGAUGAAGAAAUGGGUCACAAGAUCGGAUUCGUGCAGUACCCUCAGAACUAUAACAAUAUGACCAAGAAUAACAUAUAUGGAAACUCCCUCCAUGUCAUCAAUCAGGUUGAGCUGAGUGGUCUGGACAGUGUGGGUGGCCCUCUAUAUAUUGGCACAGGAUGCUUCCAUAGAAGGGAGAUCCUAUGCGGCAGGAUGUUGACCAAAGACUACAAGGAAGACUGGGACGGAGGAAUCAAGGAAAAAACACAACGGUGCAUAGAUCAGACUGAAGAGAAAGCAAAGUCGUUAUCAACCUGUACUUAUGAACAUAACACACAGUGGGGAAAUGAGAUUGGAGUGAAAUAUGGUUGCCCAGUGGAAGAUGUCAUCACCGGAUUGGCAAUACACUGUAGAGGAUGGGAGUCAGUCUACAUCAAUCCGCCAAGAGCAGCAUUUAUCGGUGUAGGUCCAACAACAGUUGCUCAGACAAUACUGCAACACAAGAGAUGGAGCGAGGGUAAUUUCUCAAUUUUUCUUUCAAAGUACUGCCCCUUCAUAUUUGGACAUGGAAAUACCAGGUUGCGACAUCAAAUGGGCUACUCAAUCUAUGGUUUGUGGGCACCCAACUCACUACCUACACUGUAUUAUUGUAUCAUCCCUUCGCUAGGCCUUCUCAAGGGCACUCCUCUAUACCCUGAGAUUAUGAGUCCAUGGAUCACACCUUUCAUAUAUGUCUCAUUUGUGAAGAAUAUGUACAGCCUAUAUGAGGCAUUAUUAUCUGGAGACACAUUGAGAGGAUGGUGGAACGGGCAAAGGAUGUGGUUAGUUAAAAGAAUAACCUCAUACCUCUAUGGCGUCAUUGACACUAUCAGGAAGUUGUUAGGACUGUCGAAGAUGGGGUUUGCAGUUACACCAAAGGUCAGCGAUGAAGAUGAAUCAAAACGGUACGAGCAAGAAAUCAUGGAAUUUGGAACGUCUUCACCAGAAUACGUGAUCAUCGCAACCAUCGCAUUGCUCAACCUUGUGUGCCUGGUGGGAGGGCUAAGUCAAAUCAUGACAGGUGCCGGGAAUACGACGUUGAAUGUAUUUUUCCUCCAGGUCAUUCUAUGUGGGGUACUAGUGACCAUCAAUAUCCCAAUCUAUGAAGCAAUGUUCGUCAGGAAGGACAGAGGGAGAAUACCAUUCACAGUUACACUAGCUUCCAUUGGCUUUGUGAUGUUGGCCCUCUUGGUACCAAUAAUUUGAGGUCCCAAAAGAGGCGCUGAUGAAGUUCUUAUAGUUCUCUCGAAUAAACUCCAUCUGAUAAAUUUAGCACACACUUUCUGUA